CGACCUCCAAUUUUUGAAACAUGUAAACAAAGUGAAAGUUUUUUGCGAGGUGAAUAAUUAACAAUAAUAGUGUUCUAUUUGACAGUCAACAUUAAUUGAAAUUUACGGGUAUGGAAUUAUGUAAAUCAAUUACCAUUACAUCCUCAUAUGAUUCUGAAUUAAACUGAGAAAUUUCCUUGUGGAUCAAACUAGAUUUGGCGGGAACUUAAAAAUGGCAACAAAGUUGAAAUCUGAAUUAACGUCGAUGUUUAAAAUGCACGGGCUGACGUUAAGGAGUGAAGCCAGCAAAUAUUUGGUUGAAGUUUUCAAUCAAGUUGAAGAAGCUCACAGGGAAGAAGCUCUUGAUAAGCUGAUUGAAAUUAUACAGAAACAGCCAUUGCGAUCGUCGCUGAUCGGUAAAGAGGCUUGUGAGACCGCUGUCCAGGAAUGUAAUGCGGAACAAGAAGAGGGUGACAAUGUUUUCUGCGUCAUUGAUGCCUUCUCAGUGCCCAGAUAUACAUACAGCGCAGAUCGCAAGAAAUUGAUACUGAACUCUACAUUGGGAUUACCUCCCCCUUGUCUACAUGGAGAUGCUCGUGAUAAGGUGGCGCUGUUUUUGGACAGAUACACUAUUCUUCAGCAGAGAACACAGAGACACGAUUUAUUCACUCCUCCUGUAGUUGGUGCAGAGAAAGAUGAAGGGGCAAAGAAAUUUCAGUUGAAGCCUAUAGAAUAUUUACUUGGAAGCACAGCCAGGCUGGGAGAAAUUAUUGUACUUGGAAUGUUAACUCAACUGAAAGAGGGUAAAUGGUAUGUGGAGGAUCCAACAGGAGCGGUUCAGGUGGACCUCAGUGAUGCUAAUUUUCACACAGGACUGUUUACAGAGAACUGUUUCGUGCUGGCAGAGGGCUGGUAUGAAGAUGAAAUCUUCCAUGUCAAUGCUUUUGGAUUUCCUCCUCCAGAACCAGCAAAGGUCACAAGGGCGUAUUUUGGAAACCUGAACUUUUUUGGGGGACUCUCCAGUGUCUGUGCCAAGGCUUCAGUCAAGUUAAAACAAGUGGAGCAGGCAAACAGAGAUGCCAUGUUUGUGUUCUUAUCUGAUGUCUGGCUGGACCAGGUCAAGGUGAUAGAAAAGUUACGAAUGCUUUUUACGGGAUACUCUGACUUUCCCCCGACUUGUUUUAUCCUGUGUGGUAAUUUUAUUUCUGCGCCGCAAGAAAGUCACAGAGCCAAGGUCCUUAAAGGGUGUUUCCGCACCUUUGUAGACCUGGUGCUGGAGUUUCCCAACAUAGCAGAGAAUAGUCGGUUUAUAUUUGUACCGGGGUCACAAGACCCAGGGCCAUCAACAAUACUGCCAAGACCUCCUAUACCAGAUUCUAUUACUGAAGAGAUCAGGAGGAAGCUGCCCAAUGUGACCUUCACCUCUAACCCCUGUCACAUCCAGUAUUGUACACAGGAAAUCGUGGUCUUCAGAGAAGACAUAGUCACAAAGAUGUGUCGGAACUGUGUCAAGUUUCCAGCAGACAAUGACGUCCCGACACAUUUUGCCAAGACGUUGAUAAGUCAGGGCCACCUUUGUCCACUACCUCUCCAUGUGUGUCCAGUGUACUGGCCGUACGACAAUGGUCUGCGACUUUACCCUCUUCCAGACCUGGUCGUCUGUGCAGACAAAUUUGAUCCUUUCCACACAACAGCAGCAGACUGCACUGUGAUGAAUCCGGGCUCCUUUCCCAGGACGGACUUUAGUUUCAAAGUGUACUUUCCAGCUUCUGGACAAGUGGAGGACAGCAAGAUUGGGGAUUAAAAUCUCAGACAGUUACGAUAUUUAUUGUGAAAUUGUUGCAUUGUAGAGCUGAAUAAAAUUCUUUAAUUUGUACAUAA